CUUUUAGCCUCCCCAUUACCCCCCAUAGUCAAAAAAUAGCUGCCACGCCCACCAAAAACGUGUACAAUCUAGUACUACUACUACUCUAUGAACACUCCUUUUUUCCUUCUCAAACCCCUCCAUAAAUAACACAACCAAGAAAAAGGAAUCAAAAGCAGAAGUACCAACAAUGUCAAUUGAUGAAGAAAAUGAAGACUUAUUUGAUCGACUGCCAGAUUCAAUUAUACUAACAAUCUUCGAUAAACUUCAAGAUGCUAAAUCCCUUUGCAUUUCCUCAUCUCUUUCCAAACGUUUUCACUUCCUUACAACCCAAACACACCACAUUUCCCUCACAAUCCCACCUCCCAAAAAAUCCCACAAUAAUACUAAUCCCAACAAAAAUCAACUCACUCAUUUUCUCAACAAACUUCUUUUUAAACCAUUUCUGUUUGUUCUUAAGCAAAUCAAUAAAUGGAACCCUAUUUGCAUGCCAGUUACUUAUAAUACCCGAAAAGAAGAUAGAUGCAAUAAUUGUUUUACUUGUACUUGUACCUGUGCUUGUACUUGCAGUUCUCCUGCCGAAAUUCUGAGGAAUUUCAGGGAGAUCAAGGAGUUCGAAAUUCGUCUUACAUCUCCUCCUUGUGAUCCAUUGUUGAAAUGGAAAGCGGAGUUUGGUAGUCAGUUGAAGAGUUGCUUGAUUGUUGGUGGAACAUCAUUUUCACCUGUUCGUGAUAAUAAUAAUAAUGAUCAUGAUGAGGAUGCUUUGGAAAAUUUUCCAAUUAGUCAACAACGAGGUGAUUUGAUGGAGUUCCAAAGGAUGACGAAUGAGGACUUGAAGUUGCGAAUUGUAUGGAUAAUUUCAUCGUUAUUAGCGGCAUCAGCGCGGUAUAGUUUGUUAGAGGAAAUCAUUAAGGAGAAGAGGACGAUAAAGGAAGUAGUGAUCACGGAUGAUAUUGGUCAAGGGAAGUGUUGUAUGAAUGAGGAGCAAGUGGAAGAAAUGAGGAGGAAUAUGGGGGUGAUUUCGUCAAAAAUACCGGCAUUGAAGGUGAAAAUGUGGUAUGUACCGGAACUAGAGAUGGUUAGGGAAAGAUGUGUGAUGAAAGGGGCGACGUUGGUGGUCGUAAAGCCUGUGGAGGAGUGGAGUAAGGCCGAUGAUGGCGGAGAUUUGGUGGCGAAAGGGUUUGGUUUUGUAGGAGAGGGGAAAGAGGGGAAAGUGUUUGAUGAAGUUGCAAGAGAGUUGGUGAAGUUGGAGCGGUGUUACUCUCUUGAAAUGAGUUCAUUUUGAUUCUUCAUAUUGAGGUACUUGGACCUCGUCAAACUUGUCACCACUGUAAUACAUCCGGGGAAGACUGCUUGUAUCGUGUAGAUUUUAGUGUAAAAGAUUUCUUCAAGUAUGUUGCACACAAAAUCGGGCUUGGUAGAGUAAGAGUAAGUUAACUCCAUAAUCGUUCUUCAAGGUCUUCAACGCGGUAAGUUUACUACGUAUGCAGCCCUUUAAGAGAGUAACAGACUCUCACAAUGGGGAAUUGUGCUGCCAUCCAUUUGGUGCUUUUGAAUUAACCGAUACAGUACUUUCUUAGUCCUUCAUAUUGAAAAGCAUUCCCACCUAAAUUUCUUUCAUGUUUACGUUGGUUAUUAGUAUGUUUAUGAAAGUUACUUGGUGCAGGCCGGCUGAAUAAUUUAUCAUUUACCAACUGCCAAAGGGAAGGAAACACAGAAAAGCCAGCAAGUCUAUGAUAGUUUUCCUUAUCAUUCAUGGCUGCAUCAUGAACUCCAGACGCUUGAGAGGUGUCGAAGCCAAGUGGGGAACUCUCCAAGUUCACAUCAUGACAUACCAUCAAGGCAUGCUUUCCCUCGGCUGCAAUUGAUAUAGCCAUGUGACGGAUCAUAUCGGCAUUUUGACUUAAUUUUUGCCUGAAACCCGAGAUAGUAAGAAAUUGAUCUUUCAAUGUUUCUAAUAGAUGAUUCACCCUCUUUAUUGCUUCUUCUAAAUUUUUAAUUUCCAAAAAAAUGCCAAGCUCCAUUCCGAAUCUAAGUCGGUCUUCGGUCUGGAUGUUACUAUUGUCCUCAAACAAGGAACAAAGCAAAAAAAGGUACCUGAUAUCAUCACUUUCCAAUUGAUCAUAGUUUAGCUUCAGAGGUUGAUACACAUUUUUAGUCACUCUUGGAAUAUUCACUGGUAUUGAUCUUUGUAAUUGUACAAGGGCAUCCUCCCAUGAAGGCUUGCUUUUACGCUUUAGCACUCCUGCAACUGUAAUAAUUGAAAGAGACAAACCUUUGCACUCUGUUGCUAUGUGAAGAAGCAAAGAACAUUAAUUGAGUCACCGGAUUUCUGCCUAGAAGGAAUCCAUCUCAGAGACACAUUGUGAACGUCACCUUGCACCUGUGGUUGUGGUUGCUACCACUGGGAAAUCCAAGUUCUUUAGAUCAAGAGCCUCCUAAAUAUCAUCCUCCAGAAUUAAAGAAAUAAAGACACUGUUUUGCCCCCAUUGACAUUGAAUGUAGCUGAUCUCCACGACAUCGUCCCCUUAUAAAGUCAGGCCAAUUCUCCCCCAAGGUUGUUUGAUGAGGUUGUCAUGACAAUCUCAGUCAGUAAACAGACUUGGAAAGAAUCCAUAGUGAUAGUAAACAGACUUGGAAAGAAUCCAGAGUGAGGUGAAUCGGAAAGGUUGUUUGAUGAGGUUUUCAUGACAAUGUUCAGUCAGGAAACAGACUUAUCCAACUUAUCCAAAGUGAUAUUGCAUGGCAGGAGGAAUCUGUCCGACUUAAUAAUGGGACAAUUUGUGGAGUUGUGGAGAUCUGCAUCAAGGUUAAUGGGUCAGGACAGUGUCUUAUGUUAUUGUGGGUGAUAUUUUGGAGGCUCUUUGAUCUAAAGAAACUUGGAAUUCCCAGUGGUAGCAACUACAAUCAGAGGCGCAAGGUGACGUUCACAAUGCGUCUGUGAAAUGGAUUUUUUUUGGGUAGAAAUGCGGUGACUCAAAUGAUGUUCUCCGCAUAAGAGUGCAAAGGUUUGCCGCUUUCAAUUAUUACAGUUGCAAGAGUGGUAAAGCAUAAAAGCAAAACCCUCAUGGGAGGAUGCCCUUGUACAAUUACAAAGAUGAGUUCCAAUGAAUAUCCCAGGAGUGACUAAAAAUGUGUAUCAACCUCUAAAGCUAAGCUAUGAUCAAUUGGAAAGUGAUGAAAUCAGGUACCCUUCUUUUCUUUGUUCCUUGGUCGAAGACAAUAGUAAUAUCUAGAUUGAAGAAUUACUUUGAUCCAGAAUGGGGCUUGCCAUCUUUUUGGAAAUUAAAUUUUUAGAAGCAGUAGUAAAGAGGGUGUAUCAUCUGUUAGAAACAUUGCAAGAUCGUUUGUUACUGUCGCGGGUUCUGGGCAAAAAUUAUGUCAAAAUGCAUGAUGUUAUCCAUCAGAUGGCUAUGGCUGUAUCAUUUACGGCUUAGGGCAAGAAUGUCUAGUAAGCCAUGAUGUCAACUUGGAAGAGUUUCUAAGAACUUACGAAUGUUACAGUCACAUCUCAGUUAUGCACGGAAUUCGUGGGCUUCGUGAACCAAUAUCCUGCCCAAGUCUUGGUUUGUAAUGUUCAAACUAUUUGAAGAGCCAUUCAAAUCACAGGAUGCUAUUUUUUUUGGAAUGAGUAAAUGUCUUUAAGUGUGAGAGGAACAAAUAUGGGCACUCCAUGCCACUUUCCCGGCAUUGGUUAAGUUGUUGUCGAAUCUGAGGAUGCUAUUUAUGAUUGAUUUAGAAUUAGGUGGCAUUUCUACUACUGGCGAACUUAUCAAUUUAGAAAUCCUCAACAUUAGAGAUCCUCUCUUAGAGGUUCUUCCAGUGUUGAUGGGGAAAUUGAUCAAUCUAAUUAUGUUUAGGGUGGUGGGAUAAGCAAGUAUUACUUAAAAGGAUUUCACCAGGGGUCUUAUCAAAGAUUCUAGAAUUAUUCGGUUAGAGGAAUUAUAUAUGGUGGGAGUGGAAUACUGUAGUUACUCCAUUUUUGUGAGGGAGCUGGAAUCCUUAUCGAAAUUGACUGCCCUGACAUGAAUCAAAUGUUCUAGAGAAGUGAUUCACAGUAAUUUGGGCCUUUCCUUCAAGUUGACAUGGUACCCACUUAAGGUGGGCCAGAGUCCCGUUUACUUCGACAUUUACGGCAGGAUCAUGGAUCUCCAGGUCACUGAGACCACUCCAUUGGGUGCUUUGAUCAGCCAUAUGUUGAGGAAGAGCGCUCUUGUACUUUUAUGCAGAAAAGGCUCCAAGAAUGUGCUGAUCAAGUUGCUGAUGGAUAGAUUUCAGAACUUGAAAGAUCUUAGCCUUGGUGAUUGUGAAUCUGUUGAGCAGCUUCUCGAUACAGAUGUUGAUUUUGUUGCAACCUCGUGAAAUUUUGUUUUCCCUUUGUUGGAAUUGGAAUCUUUGGGACGCCUUUCCCUUUGGAAUGUCGAAGGGAUAUGCUGCUGUUUUCCACUUCCACUAGAGUUAUUUUGGAAUUUGGAUGGCUUUUUAUUGGUGAUCUGUCCUCAUUGACACUUAAUUGAAAAUAUACCGUCAGGAUAAUAUCACCUUCGCCCAACUGGGAAGACUGGAUGUUCGCAGCUGUGGUAGUCUACAGUAUCCUUUUUCUGUGUCCUUGGCUGGAAGUUCGUUUAAACAUAUAGACGUGACAGUAGCUUGCUCUUAUGAUGGGGAAGAGAUCGGACCAGAAAUGAAGAUGGUCCAAGUUAAUGGUACCUUCUACGUAUGUCAGAAGGAAACUCUCACAGAUUCAAAUCCUUUUUUCGAUGGAAAGGUUUCCUGUCCCAGCCUGGAAUGGCAGAGACUCGAGAAUGCUGAGAGCAUAACGGUUGAAAUGAGGACUUCUGUCCAUUUCAAGAUUAAUCAGUGCCCUGAAAUGAGGACUUCUGUCUAGCUGGGUUGUUGAGGUGCAAGAUGAUCUGAAUAAGGCGAUAUCAACAACUCUUUAAUUCGAAGGACUUUUUCGUUGAUUUUGGUCAAAGUUUCCAAAAUCGGUUGAUCAGAUUGGUUAUGAAUACCAGACCCACACGCAUAUAGUAUCGACACCAGGUGCAACACCGAAAAGUGAAAACUCCAAUUAACUUAGUAUUCUGCAUUAUCAACUACACAUUUGAAAAUAUAAGGAGCUCCAUCAUUUCCAUGUCUCACAGGAUUAAUGAAAAGCUCAAACUCAGAUGAGCAAAAUAUAGGAGUUGACGUUUCAUUAGAAGAAACUGACAUGUAUGAAACUGGACAGAUUGUUUCCGACCCCUAUAUCGGUAAGGAGUUUCAGUCACUUGAUGAUUCAUUCAAGUUUUAUCUUGUUUAUGCUCAUCGUACUGAUUUUAGUAUGCGUCGAGGUUGUAUGACUAGAUCAAGAAAAGAUAAAUCGAUAAUUGGUCAAGAGUUUCUUUGUUCAAAGCAAGAAUUUCAUUCAAAGAAAGAUUUAGAAAGAAAUAAAUCAUAAGAUGAAACCAGAGAAAGAUACAAAGCAUUGUUAUAUAUAUCGAAGGAAGAAGAAGAUAAUGGGUUGUUUGCAGGCUUAUCGCUAAGCACAAUCAUGAACUUGCAUCUCCAAAUAGUCAAAAGUUCUUGCGGUCAAAAAGAAAAAAAUCUAAAGCCUAGAAAAAUCUUAUUGAUUUGCUUGAUAACUCUGGAGUCUGUCCAGGUAAAAAGCGUCAUUGUUGAUAACUGAAGUUGAGGGUGUAGAUCGUCUUAAUUUGACAGGCAAGAUAUUCAGAAUUAUUUGCAAACUAGGAGACAAAAAGAUCUCGAGAAAGGAGAUGCACAACUGAUGCUACAAUAUUUUCAAAGGCGUCAAUUUGAGAAUCCAGGUUUCUUUUAUGCAAUACAGAUAGAUGUAGAUAACCGUUUAGCUAAUUGUUUUUGGGUCGUUUAGCUAAUUGUUUUUGGGUUGAUGCUAGAUCUAGGAUUGCUUAUAAGAAUUUCAAGAAAGUAGUUGUUUUUUAUCCUACCUGACAAAUAAAUAUAAGAUACCUUUUGUUUCAUUUAUCGGGUUAACAAUCAUCAUCAAUUUAUUUUGUUUGGUUGUGCUUUACUUUGGGAUGAAACUCAAGAUACUUUCGAAUGGUUACUUCAUACUUGAAAAGAGGCAAUGUUUGGGGUUGCACCACAUACAAUCAUAACAGAUCAGGAUUCUACAAUAACAAAUGCAGUUACAACGGUAUUCCCUGAUAGUGCACACCACUUUUGUAUGUGGCAUAUAACGAAAAAAAUUUAAGAAUAUUUAAGUCAUGUUUACCGUCAGAAUGAACAUAUUAAUAGCAAGUCUAGUUGGUGUAUUCAUGGAACGACCAUUCCUGAGGAAUUUGAAGCAUGUGGGCUGAAAUAAUGGAAAUGUAUGAUUUAGGAGAAAAUAACUGGCUAUAAAGGAUUUAUGCGAUUCGUGGAAAAUGGGUACCAACAUAUGUGCGUACUACUUUUUGUGCAGGCAUGUCAACAAGUCAAAGAGGUAAGAGUAUGAAUAAAUUUUUUAAAGAUUAUUUGAAUUCUAGUAUUUUUGUGAGUGUAUUUGUGGUGCAAUACAAUAAGGCGAGAUGCUAGAUAUGAUAAAGUAAGGGAGAAGGAUUACAAGAAAAAAUAUUCAAGACCUAUCUUGAAAAGUUUGUAUCCUAUGGAGGAUGAAGCAGCGAAGAAAUACACUAGAAAAAUGUUUCAAAUUUUUCAAGAAGAACUAAUUCAGUCUCAAAAAUUUAUCUGUGAAAAGAUUGAGAUCAAGGAUGAAAUAAACCUCUACAAAGUUCAUUAGCGUGACAUACAAAAGCCUACAUAUGUCAUCAAUUUAAAUCUUGCGUUGAAAAGAGUUGUUUGUUCGUGUUAUGAGUUUGAGUUCAUGAGAAUUCUAUGUAGACAUAUACUAAUGGUAUUCAUCAAGAAACAGAUUCACUCUCUUCCGGCAUAAUAUUUAUUAGAUCGAUGAACUAGAAAUGCAAUCAAAGAAAAAGUUAAUGAUCCCUCAGAUGAUAAAAUUUUUUUUGAAACCUUCCACUUGAUGAUUUAAUAAUAUUAUGAUGCAGUCUAUGAGCCUAUUCGAACGAGCUACAAGGUCAAAAAAAAUAUUACCAAUUUGCACAUUAAAAAUUAUUGCAAUUAUGUGGAGAACUUGAUGAACUUCCUUAUGAAUCUGAGAAAGAUUGUGUAUUAGAUGGUCAAGUUCAUGAGAAAGAUUGUGAAAUAAAUUCAUGUGAAAUAAUACAAGAUACUAGACCGUUUGACCCUUCCAUAGUGAUGACCAAAGAACAUCCGAAUUCUUUGAGAAACAAAGCUGAUAUAAGAAGGCUAAAGACUUUCUUCUCAAAAGACAAAAGAAGAUUGUUCUCAAAAGGUCAAAAAACGUUUCACUCAAAAACAAAAAAUGCAAACAAAAUGUACUAAGCGUUAGAGAAAGGGGACAAGGUAAAUUUUCUUUGCACGAUGCAUAUUAUUUUUAUUUGGAGUUACUUCGCUAAUACCUUUUAAAAUUUUAUAUGUAGUUCAAACUCUAAUGACGAAGUCGAAACAGAAAUUACAACAACAUCUGAUGAGGCUCAUGCAAUGGUAAAAAAUAUUAUAUGUAGUUUUUGUCAAUUGAUUUAUUUUCUUGUACCUUACUCUCCAAAUAACAAAAUACCUUCAAAAUUUUUCAUUUAAUUUGGAACCAAUUUCAGCAAUAUUCAAAGUUUUAUCAAGGAUAUAUAAAGAACACUGAUUGUACUUAUGCCACCUCAUUUAUGGUAAAAAAAAUUGCUCUUACCUUGAUCUUGUCGUUUAUAUGUUGUUAACAUGUUGAAAUGUAUGUUGAUAAAUUAUAACUCUUUCUUUCAGUAUAUGAUGAAAGCAACUUCAACACUAUUCCAACAACAUCAUCCUAGUUAGUGAGUAAGAAAAUAGAAGAUUUGGAGCUUUAGGAUAUAAAGGAAGUAGAAAGAAACAGUUCCUUUCACUUUAGUUUAUUAGUUUUGCUCUUUUUUACUUUUGAAUUCUCAAUAAUCUUCCUUAUGAAUCUGAGAAAGAUUGUGUAUUAGAUGGUCAAGUUCAUGAGAAAGAUUGUGAAAUAAAUUCAUGUGAAAUAAUACAAGAUACUAGACCGUUUGACCCUUC